AUGGCCGCAGCUUAUAUUGAGCCACGAGUGUUUCGAAGAAAUGAUCCGGGGACACGACGAGAGGUUUCUAUUUUCCUCAUUUCGUAUUUCAGCUCGCAUGUAUUCAGGAUUGGGAUAAAUGGCCUUCUAUGGCUUUCGAUGAAAUGGAAUCAUCCUUGAACGUUCAACAAUACAUUCAACAGAAAAUAAAAGAGGACCCAGUUAAUAUUGACGGUAUUCUGACGUCGCCGUCAGAUCAAGACGAAGGCGUGUGGAAAUACGAACACUUGCGGCAGUUUUGCAUUGAGCUGAAUGGCCUCGCUCUUCUACUACAAGUUUUUUUUAAAUUUUUUACUGUCAGGGUGUAAGUUUUUUUUUUAGGAAGAAUGCGUACCUGAAACGUGUGCACAAAUGACAGCCACUGAACAAUGGAUUUUCCUGUGUGCAGCUCACAAAAAUCCGAAAGAGGUUUUAUUCUCAAAAAGCUCUUUUUUAUUUCAUUUCCAAUUGAUAGUGCCCCGCGAUCGAUUACACUCGACAUACGUUGGAUGGUGCCGCGACAUUGCUCAACAGCAACAAAUAUUUCCCCAGCAGAAUUAACAUUAAAGUUUCUAUUUAUUUUUUAUCCCUUUUUUAAAAUAUGAAUUUCAGGAGUCGUCUAUUUCCAAAUUAGGCUCCGUGGCUCGUCGUGUCUAUCGAAUCUUUUCUCACGCUUAUUAUCACCAUAAGAAAUUAUUCGACGAUUUUGAAGCCCAAACUCAUUUGUGCAAAAGGUUAGUUCUCAUAAAUCAUGUCAAAUACUCCCAUUAAUCUUUAGAUUCACCGCCUACGUCUCCAAGUACAACUUGAUGGCCCCAGAGCAUCUGAUCGUCCCAAUUGGUCAACAGCAACAAGCAUAA